AUGCCUUCCACCACGACGGAGACCCUCUCCCUCGUCAGCCGAAACGUCACCGUUGCGCCUCUUGUGCUGCUGAGUGCCGUCGACCACUACAACCGAACCAUACAGAACCAGGUCAAGUCACGGCGAGUGGUUGGUGUUCUUCUCGGACAGAAUGAUGGAAAGACUGUGAGAGUAUCCAACAGCUUUGCUGUGCCGUUCGAGGAGGAUGAAAAGGACCCGUCGGUUUGGUUCCUGGACCAUAACUUCAUCGAGAGCAUGAAUGACAUGUUUAAGAAGAUAAAUGCGCGUGAGAAGCUGAUAGGAUGGUACCACUCCGGCCCCAAGCUGCGAGCCUCGGACCUCCAGGUCAACGAGCUCUUCAAGCGCUACACACCGAACCCUCUCCUAGUCAUCAUUGAUGUGCAGCCCAAGGAGGCAGGCGUUCCUACAGAUGCUUACUUUGCCGUGGAAGAGAUCAAGGAUGAUGGCACCACGACGUCGAGGACCUUUGUCCACAUCCCGUCAACCAUCGAAGCCGAGGAAGCGGAGGAGAUUGGUGUCGAGCAUCUAUUAAGAGAUAUCCGAGAUGUGGCCGUCGGCACUCUCUCGACCCGCGUCACCAAUCAGCUGCAGUCGCUGCAGGGACUCCACCUGCGCCUACGUGAUAUCGGGGCCUACCUCCAAAAGGUCCUGGACGGCAGCCUGCCCGUCAACCACGCCAUCCUCGGAAACCUUCAGGACAUCUUCAACCUGCUACCGAACCUCUUCACCCCCGAAACGGGUGGCAAGACCGGCAGCGGCGAGCUCGCCAACGCUCUGAGCGUCAAGACCAACGAUCAACUUAUGUCUAUCUAUCUGAGCAGUCUAAUACGGGCCAUCAUUGCCUUCCACGACCUGAUUGAGAACAAGGUCCAGAACAGGCAACAGCAGGAGGAGCAAGAAGCCAAGAAGGAGGAGCUGAUCAAGGACAAGGAGGGCCAGGCCAAUGGGGCCAGCGGCGAGAGCAAGGAGGUUGGGGAUAAGGACAAGGAGCAGGAGUCUAAGGAUAAGACGAAAUAA